CCCAUUCUCAAAACUCAUACCAUAACAACGACAACAUCAUCAUUCUCCAAGCUCCAAAUUCAACCAUGUCCAAAGGAGGAAAACUAACCAAGCUGAAGUCAGUGCUCAAGAAAUGGAACUCCUUCAGCAGCAAACAGACCCAAGCCACCAUCACCUCCGUAGCCAGCGACGGUGACUCCUCGUCGCUCCGCCCCGUGUACGUUGGGAAGACGCGGCGGCAGUACCUGGUGAGCGCGGAGGUUGUCGGACACCCGCUGUUCCGGGAGCUGGUGGACAGGUCCCGCGACAGCAGCUCGGAGGAGGAGGAGGACAGCAUCAACGUGGCGUGCGAGGUUGUUCUGUUCGAACACUUGCUCUGGAUGCUCCACAACGCCGAUCCUCAACCUGAGUCGCUGGACGAACUCGCCGAUUUUUACGCCUGCUGAUUGUUCAUGCCUCGGUAACACAUGAGAGCGUGCAAGUGAAAACGUUUUUCAAAUUAAAUUGCCACUGUAAUUGUGAAUUUGUGCUUGUGUAUGCUGUUGAUCUUCGUCAACCAUAACAAAAUAUUUUAAUUUUAACAAUCAUAGAUAUGAGAGAUUGUCAACCUCCACAAAAUAUGUGAAUGAUUUUU